UAGGUAUUCUAUAGAAUGCCGGUUUUUGAUACAUUGCAGGCAACAUAUACAUAUAAAGUGUAUAGUAUGCAACAGGAUUGUCAUCAACACGAAGAAUCGUGUGACGUGGUGUGGAGGUCACCAAAAGUCAUGCGCUUUCGAGUUCGUUUUAUUCUAAACCUGAUAGUCUUCCUUGCCCUGCUGUCUUUGUUUGUUGUCAUUUUGUACCAAAAUGGGUCGGCCGACACAGUAGAUUUGUCAGCUCUGCGCAGUGUUGAGAGGUACCGAGUCCCACCCACCAGUACCGUCAACAGUACCAUCAACAUCAGCAGCAGCAUAGGCAGCAAGAUCAGCAGCAACAUCAGCAGCAACAUCAGCAGCAACAUCAGCAGCAAGAUCAGCGUCAACGCGAUAACUUUUGAGGACGUACCGGGCGGAAGUGACGCUGACGUCAGACUGAUCAUUCUCACCUACAUGAGGAGCGGCUCGACCUUCGUGGGCGAGUUGUUUAACAUCCACAAAGAAGUCUUUUACCUCUACGAGCCGUUGUGGUCUAUCCAGAAACACUACUUCAGCGGCGAGCCGGUAUUUUUCUUUGAUAAGGACUCCAGAGUUCCAAAUACUAAGGACUUCUUUGGUGAAGAUUCCAUGAGCGUGGAUAUAACUGGUGCAUUUCUCAACUGCAGCUUUCGCAGCAUCGACCCACGAACUUUGACCCAGUGGACCUUGCAGAAAAGCCUGACUACUGGGUCUUACUUAAGGUGCAAAGCUAAUUCUCCGGGGAUGUUCGGGAUCCUUCGCUGUUUGCCUAUUUUGCGGAGGACAUGCGUGAACGCACGAGUGACCAGCCGUGAAGACGAUCCGCUUCAGCCUGAAACAGGCAGAAAAACUCAUGAAAGUAGAUCCCAAGGUAAAGGUCAUUCACCUACUGCGGGAAUGUACCCAGGACGACUGCUGACGGUGAGGUACGAAGAUGUGGCCUGGGAACCCGUCACCUCGGCCACCAGACUCCUGGCCUUCGCGGGCCUUGAGCUGGAUGAAGAGCUGCGGCAGAAGGUGUGGAACAUGACGUCAGCAGGACUCAAGGACGACUGCGUCAUCUGCGCCACUCGCAACAACUCGCGCGCCACUGCUGCCGCCUGGCGGCUGAAACGUGACUUUGACUUCUUCUCGAAGGUGGACGCCAGCUGUGUGGAGAUCUACAAGCUCCUGGGCUAUCUCCCCUUGGCGACAGAAGCCCACCUGAGGAACCUGAGCGUUCCCUUUUACCUGGAGAGUGAGAAGACAGUCAGAGUUGUUCAUUUUGUAUCGACCGAUCUGCCACAAGCCGUUUUGGAGUCGUGUGAAGUAGUCAGGUCACCAAAGGUCAUGCGCUUGCAACUUCGUUUUCUUCUGAGACUGUUCCUCUUCCUUGCACUGUUGUCUUUGCUGUUUGUCCUUCUGUACAACAAUGCUGUAUUGAAUAAAUACUUCAAGAAGAAACUCUUGCUGCUUGGAAACAUGUCAGGGUCGGCGGACACAAAAGAAUUGUCAGCUCUGGAACCUGUCAAUGUUGUGAGGAACCAAGUUCCACCCAUCUGUGCCUCCAACAGCACCAGCAAUACCAUCAACAGCAGCGACAGCGUCAACGCAAUAACGUUUGAGGACGUACCUGGACAAAGUAAAGCUGACGUCAGACUGGUCAUUCUCACCUACAUGAGGAGCGGCUCAACAUUCGUGAGCGAGUUCUUUAACAUCCACAAACAAGUCUUUUUCUCCUUUGAACCGGAGUGGUCUAUCCAGAAACGCUACCUCAGCGACGAACGGGUAUUUUUCUUUGACAAGGACUCCAGAGUUCCAAAUACUAAGGACUUCUUUGGUGAAGAUUCCAUGAGCGUGGACAUCGUCAGAUCUUUUCUCAACUGUACCUUCCUUAGCAUUGACCCACAAACUUUGACCCAGUGGACCUUGAACAAAAGCCUGACUACGAGGUCUUACUUAAGGUGCAAAGCCUACUUUCCGGGAAUGUUCGGGAUCCUUCGCUGUCUUCCUAUCUUGCGGCGGACAUGCCUGGCUGCCCGAGUGAUUGUCGUAAAAACGAUCUGCUUCGGCAUGAAACAGGCAGAAAAACUCAUGAAAGCAGAUCCCAAGGUAAAGAUCAUUCAUCUCCUGCGCGAUCCGCGAGCCACCUUGAGCUCGCGUGUGGCGGCGAGAGAGCUUGCGUUGAAAAAUAUGGACAGCUUCUCGAAAGACUUUUGCAAGCGCAUCCUUCAGGAUCUUAAUGACACGCAGCGCAUGAAGGGGAUGUACCCAGGACGGUUGCUGACGGUGAGGUACGAAGAUGUGGCCUGGGAACCCGUCACCUCGGCCACCAGACUCCUGGCCUUCGCGGGCCUUCACCUGGAUGAAGAGCUGCGGCAAACGGUGUGGAACAUGACGUCAGCAGGACUCAAGGACGACUGUAGCUUUUGCACCACUCGCAACAACUCGCGCGCCACUGCUGCCGCCUGGCGGCUGAAACGCGACCUUGACUUCUUCUCGAAGGUGGACGCCAGCUGUGUGGAGAUCUACAAACUCUUGGGCUAUCUCCCCUUGGCGACAGAAGCCCACCUGAGGAACCUGAGCGUUCCCUUUUACCUGGACAGUGAGCAGGUGCGCGGUUUGUGGUAGUCGACAGGUGUUAAUAGGCUGCUCUUAGUUUUUUCAUGAAACGAUAAUAGGUCGUUGCUACGAGAAACAUCGGGAACUCGAGGUCAAGGGUCCAUUUUUGUGGAGUAACGAAUACCGUGAAGCAUGUGAUGUUUAUGUGGACCAGAUGGCCUCCCCAAACUGAAUAAAUUAUUAUUAUAUAUCUCUCUCUCGCACAAACCACACAAUCCCCACAUGUUUGCUCAUAAUACAUUACUUAUAAAUAAAGAUAUAGACCAA